UGUGUAUGUAUUAAUUUUAAUGUAUAAAAAUGUUUUAUUUUUCAGGAUUAACUGGAAUUCUUCAAAAUGUCAGGUGUAGUCCCCACAGCCCCCGAGCAACCCGCAGAUGAAGUGGAAAAUAACAUCAAGGUGCCUGAUGACCCUCCUGACUACAAUUCUCAUUUUGUACAAGGGCCCCCUGAAGCAGCUCUCCCUCCACCUGCGGGCUACCCAGGAGGCAGUCCAUUGGGAUACUACAAUCCACAGCAACCCAGUACCUUCCCCUUGAGCCAGCCAACUGGUGGUACCCAUCCUAUCCGGUACCAGCCUGGCAGGUAUCCAGUGCCAAAUCACUCUGCUCCAAUAACAUGGAUGCCAGGGCCCACUCUUCUGCCAGGCUGCCCUCCUGGUCUGGAAUACUUAACCCAGCUGGACAACAUACAUGUUCUUCAGCAUUUUGAACCUCUGGAAAUGAUGACACGUUUUGAAACUAAUAAUAAAUAUGAUAUUAAAAACAACGUGGACCAGAUGGUUUACAUUGUAACUGAAGACACAGACGACUAUACCAGGAACGCUUAUCGGACGCUGAGGCCCUUCGUCCUCCGAGUCACUGACUACUUGGGCCGCGAAAUCAUGACAAUGCAGAGGCCAUUUAGAUGCACCUGCUGUUGCUUCUGCUGUCCCUCCACCAGGCAAGAGCUGGAGGUGCAGUGUCCUCCCGGGGUCACCAUUGGCUUUGUCUUGGAGCACUGGAACCUGUGCAGGGCGGUUUACAGCAUCCAAAAUGAGAAGAAAGAAAACGUGAUGCGUGUGCGUGGGCCUUGUUCAACCUAUGGCUGUGGUUCCGAUUCUGUUUUUGAGGUCACCUCCCUCGAUGGUGUGUCUAACAUCGGCAGUAUUAUCAGGAAGUGGAACGGUUUGAUGUCAGGCAUGGGUGAUGCUGACCACUUUGACAUUCGCUUCCCCCUAGACCUGGAAGUGAAGAUGAAAGCCAUGAUUUUUGGAGCUUGCUUCCUCAUCGACUUCAUGUAUUUUGAAAGAUCUCCACCACAGCGUUCAUCAAGAUAAAUGGACACAGCAAAUCAGGAAGUAUGGUUAAAAAUUUUUUUAGAAAAGUCGGAUUGGGCUUACAGCCCACCCUCAAUUAUUUGCAAAUACAUUUAUCUGCUUUUACAGAUUAUUUGUAUUGGGUGUUAGCUUUGACAGCUAGACUGAGAGAGUAAGAACACAAUCUAGUGUGUUUCAAUUGAGUAUCUGUCUACUUAUUUACUACUAGACUAGGAAAAAGCUAGGACUUUCAGUCAUCCUGAAAAAGCUAUGACUCGUUAACCAAAUAAGUAUAGAUACAAUGAGUUUGAAAACACUUUAACAUGAGAUAGGGGAAAAUGAAUCCCAGAGCUCUCAUAUUAACAGAUAAUGUCCAUCAACAUAUUCUGUUAUCGAAGACAAAUUUGAUUCGUGGUAAAAAGAAUGAUACUCUUCAUUUUUAAAAACAAAGGAAGGCAGACCAAAAUAUUAUGUUUUAUUGUACAAGAAAAUUUCACUUGUGUACAUGUAUCAAAGCCUCAUUUUAUAAAAUUUAUAAAAGUUUGAACAAUGUGAUUGUAUUAUAAAAUAAAACUUUUUAUCAUAAAGUUUAUGUUUUCCAUGCCUGUUACCUCAUUCGCUAGCAUGGACAGUCAGGAGCUGCCUUAUGUAUGAGGACAAGGUCAGACUGUCAGGAAGAGGUGACCAGGGCCACAGUCAGUCUAGAUCUCUUAGCAACUUAGAGACAUCGAUGCCCUUAUAAACAGCUUGCAUUUAAUACAUUUAACCUCGCUUGGUCACAGAUGCCUUAUGUAUAAAAUAUAUUUGGCCAAAUCUCUCAGAUUGCCUGUUGAAGCUUUGUAUCUUGUUUGAUGUGAUACCGAAAAGAUAACUUUUUUCUUUCAAGAAGAUCCCCGAUAAUCACUGUUGUAUUUUAAUUGCAAGAGUUGCAGUUUUGUUUUUAAAUUUUAAGAUGUGACAGUCUGUGUGGAGAUUUUUAAAAGCCCAAACUAUAAAUUCUGACACUGUUUAAUAUUGUUUUGCUGCUUUUAAAAUAAUAGAUAAACCUGUAUCUAUGCAAAGAAAUAACAAAACAGUAAACAUGCUACUUACCUGGGAUCUAUAGUUUAUCAGUACAGAUUGCAUAAGAUCAAUGUAGUUUAAGUAUAAAUUGUAUUCGUUUGUAUUGGAUCAAUGUAGUUAAAGUAUAAAUUGCACUUGUUUGUAUUGGAGCAAUGUAGUUAAAGUGUAAAUUGUACUUGUUUGUAUUAACUAUCAAACUAUCAAAUUGAAUAUCAGCAUAGUGUGUUAGUGAAUGCACUCUGAUAAAUCUACACUUGCUUUUGUGCACUUUAGCUUCCUAUCUGAACGAGGACCAUGUUCUUUCAACACAUUACGAAGAAUGGAAUGUAUUCUUCUUCUGCUCCCUGUUAAAUAAACAUGGAGUGCUAAAUAAACAUGAGUGUUCUUAGAUUUGGUUACUCUGAGAUGAGGGCCCUUAUCCACAGUUCUUAUUGAAAUGAAAGAAAGGUGCCUCACUUUUUAAUUAUAUUCAUCUUUUCAUGGCAAAAGUUAUUUUACUCAGCUUCUUGUAAUGUUCAUUUUUAUGUGUGACUACUAGUUUAUUAAGAAAAAUGUAAAAGCUGCUCCUUUCUAAAAUACUAAUUACCUUAUAUUUCAAAAUGCAGUUGCAGUUUUAGACAUAUUAUUUCUUAUAAUAAUGUCUGAUGUUUUCUAUAGAAAAUGAGACAAAUAGUAUUCAGAAAAUUUAUCUAUAUAAACUUUUCAUUUUUACUUGCCUCCAUCUCAUUCCAAGACCUACUGCAUAAUACUAAGGAAAAAUUAUUUUUAGCAUACAACAUUUUACAUUUCUGUUUAAAGUUUUUGUGAUAUUAACAUGGCUCUUACAGCUAUAAUUUCUUUUUCUUUAAUAAUACCAUGUGCCAUAUUUUUAUACUACAGUUCAUAUUAUAAGUUCUAUAUUUCUUAAUGGUAUUUCAUAAUGUAAAAUUGAUGAGACUGAUUUAAAAAAUAAGCUAUUCUCUGAAAUUUGUAUCAUGCUUCAUCAUAUUGUUUUUGGCUUUUAAAUAAAUAUAAUAUGGCUUACAAUAAAAUAAUACAGUUUUA